UCGGGUUCGACCCGGCCCAUUGUAAUCACCGAUAUUCCCAUCCAUAGCUCUAGUUCAGCGCCCACUGAUAUUACGCACGAUCUAAUCUAGCGGUUCUCAGAUCAGAUACUCACAAACCCUAAUACCUCUCGAAUUUCUUUUCAAUAAUCAGAUCAAUUCCUAAAUCAGAUAUCUUCUUUGACAAAUGAUUGCGGUCUCUGUAAAGCCAUUGUUCAUCGCCAUCUUCACUCUCUCUCUCUUCCUCGCCGGCAUUUUGCUCUCUCCUUCGACGCUAUUUUCUUCGAGCCUAGUUUCCCCUUCAUAUUCAUCCGCAGGGAAAUUGGAUAUAUGGAGUGUUAGAAGGGUUGUGGAAUGGAGGCCUUGCGGGUGGUGGCUUCAAGGACACCUUACUGCUCUACCAGCAGAGAAUAAUGGAUAUAUCCGUGUGGAUUGCUAUGGUGGCCUCAAUCAGAUGAGACGAGAUUUCUGUGAUGGUGUUGGCAUUGCCCGUUUGUUAAAUGCAACACUGGUGUUGCCAAAGUUUGAAGCUGCUGCAUAUUGGAAUGAAUCAAGUGGCUUUGCAGAUGUAUUUGAUGUUGAUUACUUCAUUCAACAUAUAAAUGGCUUUGUUAAAGUCGUUAAAGAAUUGCCUCCAGAUAUAGCAUCAAAAGAACCUUUUCAGGUAGACUGUAGCAAACGGAAAGGCCAAUUUGAUUAUAUCGAGAGUGUUCUUCCGUCCCUGUUGGAACACCGUUAUAUUUCAAUUACACCGGCAAUGAGCCAACGAAGGGACAGGUAUCCAAAAUAUGCAAAAGCUGCACUUUGUCAAGCUUGUUACAGUGCAUUACACCUUACAAGAUCCUUGGAAAAGAAAGCUUCAGAACUUCUGGAAGCUAUACCAAAACCCUUCCUCUCACUUCACCUUCGAUUUGAACCUGAUAUGGUAGCAUACAGCCAAUGUGAAUACUCAGGCCUUUCUUCUACCUCCAUGGAAGCCAUUGAAGCUGCAAGGGGAGAUAGAAAACCAUGGACUGGAGAGUUGGCCCGUAUUUGGAGAAAACGGGGAAAGUGUCCCUUAACGCCUAGUGAGACGGCCCUCAUACUUCAGGCACUUUCUGUUCCUACAAACACAAAUAUAUAUCUUGCAGCUGGGGAUGGCCUAAUGGAAAUUGAAGGGUUAACAUCUGUAUACACCAAUGUUUAUGUAAAGUCUGCUCUUCUUAGUGGUGAGGAUUUCACAAGCAUGCAUGGGAAUACAAAAGCUGCAUUGGAUUAUUAUGUAUCUAUCAAUAGCGACUCAUACAUGGCUACUUAUUUUGGUAACAUGGAUAAGAUGGUUGCUGCUAUGCGAGCUUAUAAGGGCCUGUAUAAAACCCUAUUCUUAAGUCGAAGAGCUUUUGCAGAGCUCACUUUUCAAGGCUUGAAAGGGAAGGAGUUGAUGCAAGCCUUGUGGACAGCUCACAAAGGAGAUUUUAUCAUGGGAAGAGGGUCUGCUUUGCCCGACUGCUUUUGUGAAUUUAAAUUGUAACUUCAUCUUUUGUCUUUUUUUUUUAAAUUUUUUUUCCCGACCUGGUUUAGUGAUAUAGUUUCUUUUGUAUCUGAUAUCAUGCUUGUUGCUGUUCCCUUUUGGAAAGUCUGGUGGACAGCAGGAAACCAUUUUUUGAAGUCCUUGGAGAUUGAUUAAAACAGAAAAUAAUCGAUUACCUACUUCAAGCAAUAAUGUUGGUUGGAUAACGUUAUGGAAAAUAUUUUCUCAUAGGAAAUUUUGGUUAUGCUUCUACUGAUACGGUGAACACAACGGUGCUUGUUUUUCUCCUGGCGAUGAAGCUUUUGGCUUUGGUGACCGUGACAGCUUUAAUAAGCAGAGAAGUGUAUGGAGAUAUUGGCACUGUAACAUCUUAUGACUCUCUACAUUCGUGUGGAUAUUGCGCCUUUUAUUUUAUUAUUUGAAUGUUGCAAACUUGCAAUGCUUUUAAAAUGAUAAUAGUCGAAGUUGAAAUCAUGAAGAAUUCCCUUUUAAA